AUGCUGGCAGCGGUCGUCCUCUUCAGCGGAGCCUUGAUGCUCUGCUGGACCAGAAUCUUCGUGGCCCUGCAGGUCCCAGAUGGACAGCAGCUGAUCCAGGACCCAGACUCCACACUGACAGCGUUGCGUGAAGGUUUGGGGACGGACGGUGAACCCACAAACAGCAGUUUGACUUUGUUUGGAAUCUGCUCGGCGUCUGAUAACUCAUCAGGCUCAGUCUUAGCAGAGCUCGCUCAGGAAAUAAGGAAGAACCAGACAAACAGUUUGGAGGUUUUGCAUCCGGCUGCAGUGCUUCUGUCAGAGGAUGAUGAGCGAGGAGGCCUCACGUUGACCUUUCACCUCCCACAGUCUCCUUCACUAAAGCUGAACCCUGUGCUGCUGCUGCUGGCGUUUGAGAGCUCGCUCACGGGAGGAGAUCUGGACGUCGAUUUUACGAGUCAGUCUCUGCAGCCCAACACGCAGUCUGUUUGCAUUUCAGGAGAAACCCAGUACCUCCUGCUAACAGGAAAAUCAGCAGAGGACAACGUUCAGCAGAAAUGGAGGAUAUCUGCUCAGACAAAGUCCCCCGACAUGAGGCAAAACCUGAAAGACCUCCUGAUUGGUGGAAAAUCAGGAAAUAACAUCAGCGUGACUCCACUUCUGCUUUUCUCUGGACAAACAGGAACCGAUACGAGCUACGCUCGCGUUUCAGGUUCCUCGCAGACGUCCUUCCUCUGCGAGCUGAAGCGCUUCCUGGGUGCCGUCCUGCCUCAGCAGCACCCCGAGGCUCCUGCGCUGCAGCUGGACUCGUUGAAGUCGCUGCCUCCCCUGACGCUCGGCUUGUCCUCCAGCGAGACCCUGCUGGCAGGAAUAAUCAAGUCCUCCGCUCCCACCGUCUUCUCCUUCACCGGCAGGAGCUCCGUGUUUCCAGUGAAACACGGAGAGCUGGCCUUGUCUCCGGCUCUGCUGGAGGAGCUCAGGCAGAGGCUGGAGCAGACGGUGGCUCAGCUGUCGGAGAUAAUAAGGGAGGAGAAGGUGGAUGACAGAGCCACGGAGAGGCUGGGGAGGCUCCGAGAAUUCAGUGGGAUUGAGUGGAAGGAAGCUGCGUCAGGAGAGACUCAGUUCCGAGCCUUUCUCCUGCUGAAGGCCCUGCAGACGGUGACCUUUUCCUACGACAUGCAGCGACGGCUGAGAGCCACCAGAGCAGGGCCCACUACAGGGGGCACUGUAUGUGGGCUCAAGAGCCUCACGGUGUCCCUGGAGAAGCACCUCCUCGGCCCACAAACCGCCACCAUCAACAACUGUCGCGGCUCCUGUGCGUUCCCUCUGGCCAACGCCAACAACCACGCCAUCUUGCUCCACUACCACAUCGAGAGCAGCAGCAGCGGUGGCGGCAGCUCAGAUGAGCGAGCGCCGUGCUGCGUCCCUGUGGCCUACGAAGCCCUGGAGGUCAUGGACUGGAACGAGCACGGGACCUACCUGUCCAUUAAACCGGAUGUGAUAGCCAGGGCGUGUGGAUGCCGCUGAGCAUCUCUUCUUCUGUAUUGUUCGGUUUAGCGCUCACUGACCUCUGCAUGUGUCACAUUUAUUUAUUCACUAGUUGUAAAUGCACAUUAUUUCACAGUUUAGUUUCACAAAGAUAGAUGUUUUGUACACUUUAUCAUAACAUAAAUAUAAUAUAUAUAUAUAGUCAUAAUCAUUGUUACCUGAGCUACAGAGAGUUGAGUUCAAGUCAAAUAUGAGUUUUUAUUAUCUUCUGCUGUGUGUCAGUAGUUUAUGAAAUGCCAUCAUUAAUAUAAGGCUCUUGUACUAAGAAUGAAUAUAGUUUAAUUAAAUAUUUGAAUAAAAAAUCUUAAAUAUAGCCACUAAAGAUUUCGGUUAUCACUGAAAAUACUGCCCUCAAAGUUGCUGCUGACAAUUUAAGACUAUUUUGCAAUGUGCUGGUUUAUGACCUUUCAUAAUUAGUUAUAUUCAAAUGAAGAUUUAAUUGAUUAAAUUUAAAAUAUUCAUCAGCAGUGAUGAAUGUUUCUGAAAAAUGCAUGAACUGAGAGUCGAUAUUAAAUGAAAUCUACAUGUUU